UAUGCUGGUAUGGUUACCGCUGUGGAUGAAGCUAUUGGUAACGUAACAGAUGCAAUGAAAAAGAAAGGGAUUUGGGAUGACACGUUGAUGGUGUUCACGACAGAUAAUGGAGGCAGACCCAUAUAUGGAGGAUAUAACUGGCCUUUACGCGGAAUGAAACUGACACUCUGGGAGGGAGGAGUUCGUGGUGUGGGUUUCGUCCAUGGAUCAAUGAUUGAAAAGAAGCCCCGUAAAUGUAAUGAACUCUUACACGUGACUGAUUGGUUUCCCACUCUUUCAGCGAUUGCAGGGUUCGAUGAGUUCGACCAAAACAUCGAUGGUUUCAAUAUGUGGGAUACGAUAUCAAAAGGCGCUGCGUCCCCAAGAACAGAGAUCCUGCACAAUAUAGACGUCAAUGAUUCUAGCGUUCCUCUAUGUCAGGGCAUUGCUCUACGAUCAGGAAACAUGAAGUUGAUUAUGCAAGUAAUGGACUUACCCUGGUUCAAACCUCCCGAGCUUGGGAAAAGUGGCCGAGCAGAUAGUGAUAAAUCCAAUGAGGAAUUUGUCAUUAAAGAAGCAUUGUUUAACAUCACUGCUGAUCCAGAAGAACGAAAUGACUUAAGUGCUAAGCUCCCGGAUGUCCUUGCUAGGAUGAAGGCUCGCGUAGAUUUUUACAAGAAAGGUAUGGUCCCAAAGAGGAAUCAGCCUGAGGACCCAGACGCUGAAAUCACGGCUAAACGGAACGGUGCAUGGACUCCGUGGCGUGGUUCAAUAGGCCACUGAUGUUUUAUCCUCACCAGUUACUAAGGUGGUUUCAGAGAUUUCCCUGGAUGAAUUAAUAUAACUCGUUAAUUUAGACAUCUAUGUCUUUAAUUUAAGAGAAAUUAUUGCACUUCAGUGCUGCGGUAGUUCAAUGUCUGAACCUUAUUGUAUAAAGAAAUCAAUACAUUAAAAAGUUCUUCACUCCA